GGUCGGGGCGGGAAAGGGCGGGGAGGCCGGGGUGUGGAAAGUGUGGCGGCUUCGCCCCGUCUCUUGGAACUGCCGCUGCCGUUGCUGUCGCUGUGGGGGACCCGCGCGGGUGCCCCGGCGAAAGGCGCUCUUUAUUCGCUGAAAGUUCCUCGGAAACGCUACCAGCUCCCCAGCCCACCAUGGCGGAUGAAAUUGAUUUCACUACUGGAGAUGCUGGGGCUUCCAGCACUUACCCUAUGCAGUGUUCGGCCCUGCGCAAAAACGGUUUCGUGGUGCUUAAAGGACGACCAUGCAAAAUAGUGGAGAUGUCAACUUCCAAAACUGGAAAGCACGGUCAUGCCAAGGUUCACCUUGUUGGAAUUGAUAUUUUUACCGGCAAAAAAUACGAAGAUAUUUGCCCUUCUACUCACAACAUGGAUGUUCCAAAUAUUAAGAGAAAUGAUUAUCAGCUGAUAUGCAUUCAGGAUGGUUACCUUUCCCUGCUGACAGAAACUGGUGAGGUUCGUGAAGAUCUUAAGCUUCCAGAGGGUGAACUGGGUAAAGAAAUAGAAGGAAAAUACAAUGCAGGUGAAGAUGUACAGGUGUCUGUCAUGUGUGCAAUGAGUGAAGAAUAUGCUGUAGCCAUAAAGCCCUGCAAAUAAAUGGAAGCAUCAGGCAUGAGCAAACUGUUUAGGUCUGAAUCAACUACAGAUCUAAAGUUCAGUUCUAAGUUGUCACCAAAGCGAUGGCCUUCAUAAGCAACCUCAUUUCUUUUUUAAUUGUUUUGAAAUGUGCUAUGUUAGUUUUGCAGGCAAUUGGUAAUUUUAAAAAUAAUCAAGAUGUGUAUUCUUUUUUUUAAUUUUGUAGGUGUCUUUCCUAUAAUACUCCUGUGGUUUUCAGUAUGUGAGUGCAAGAAACAGACAAGAUAGCUUCAGCAAAUGAAAAGCAUGUGCUUUGUCUGAGCAAAUCAUUCCUGAACUUUAGUUAAAUGAUAAAUAAACCAGGGUUUUAAAUCAAAUAAUGUAGCAUCUAGUGGUAUUGAAUUACCACUUAUAAGUUGAACUGCUUCUGUAUUAAUUUCAGUUGUAAUAUCAUAGAAUAAGUAUUGAAUUGGAAAUGUCACCAUUUCAACCUGUUUGUGGCAAGCACAAAUCCUUAAAAUAACAAAAAUCACGUUAUCAAAAAUUGGUGGCCAUGUGCAACAACUUGUAUUACUUUAGUCAUAAUACUCUUUGCUGAACCUUAUAUGGUGGUUUUAGUACCUACUUGUGGUUUGCUAGAGGGGUGCUGCAUAGUGGGGUAAAUAUUAGCAAGUCAGAUUGUAAAGAAGACACAAAGGACAGUGAGUUGCAAAGGGGAUUGGUUAAAGCUAUAGGAUUUCAUUGGAGGCUUUUUAUAUUCAUAAAAAAUAGAAAGUUAAUUUUUAGUUGUAUAUAUUUUUGCUUUUAACUUUUGUUUUCCAUUUUCCUCCCUUUCCCCACCCAUACCCCCUUCUCUCUCUCUCUGUAUUUAGAGUGUCCUGCUUUACAUUUAUAGGCCACUAUCCAGUACUUUUUUCAACCUUAUUGAAUUAUUGUUGGUAUUUAUCAGUAAUCACUCCUUUCCAACCAUUUUUAAGUAGAUUUUUGUCAGACAAAAACUGGAAAUUCUUUUAAAUUGAUUUAGAAAGUUGAAUUUUAUGUACUUUUUUUCUAAAAUCAAAUGAAAGUGUACUGUGGGAAAAUGUUACUUUAUGUGAUAACUAUUUAUUUUAAGAGAUAUAUGUAUUUUAUUCUGAUUGUCAUGAGACUUCAGUUACUAGUGUAAAACAUAACUAGGAAAGAAUUUUAUAAACUGACUUGUUUAAAAGGUGUUUCAGGUGGCACUGUUGCAUUCGUUUAGCCUUUUGGAUCAUAUAUAUCUUAUUUCUAGAAUUCUAGACCUUGUUACAGGGUUUGUGAGGAUUCUUGACUCAAUAACAAUCAUUAUGUUGGAGUCAAAUUUAGAACAAAAUCACUCUUUCCAUAAUGCCUUGAUUCUCUAAGACUGAUUAUGAGACCUCUCCCAUCAUGCCUUGACUUCUAAAAGCCUUUGCCCCUGUCAUCUUGAGGAAACCAUGUAUGAUGCUGUAACAGAUCUAAUCUGAUACUGGAAAUAGUAUUAGGAGCAGAAGAUCUCACAGCUUUAGAUCUCACAUACUUUUAAAUCUUGUAUUGCCCUCACAAAGAUCACUUGGAAAAGCAGGAUACUUUAAGAGAAGAACUGUAAAGCACAAGAAAUAUUGAGGUUGUAGUAAAUCGUUUUUAGUUUAACAUUUUAGCUUUUGCCCAUCUAAAGCACAAUUAGGAAUUGGGCUAAAUUUAUUACCGUAUUCUAUUUAAAUAUCUUCAUAGUGCUGUUUUUUGGUACUCUUUAAGAUAUAUAUCUUACUUAUUACUGGUUGGCAUUGUUACAGAAAUUCUAGAAAGUUAACAUUCUGUGCUACUUGCUGAUCAUUCAUAUUAUGGUCCUGGUUAACCUUACUAGUGUCCCAGGUUAGUAUUAAUUCUGGAUUAGCAUGCCCUUGUUCUUCCUAAUUUGUCAGACUUCACAUAAAUAUAUUUUCAUUUGCAAUGUAAGAGUGUACAAAUUAUAACAAUGCAUCUCUAGCUUCAAACCUUGAAUGGCAAAAGCUAUUUAUGCAUAAAUAUGUCAUUUUAAGUACUAUAUGAAGUGUAAAUACUCUUCUGACUUACAUUAAUAAGUAUAGAUUUUAUAGAUAAUAGGACUGUUUAUUUUCACAUAAGUCAAUAGAUGUUUCUCUAGAACAAAAUAUUUCAUUUAGUAAAGCUUUAUAAUGUAUUAAAAGGAAGCAGGGAACAUAUAUUUUUAAACAUAAAACAUGUGACUUCAUUCUUUUUUGAUGACAUUAGAGAAGUGUUAAAUGUUGAUUCAUAGUAUUUGUGUACUUUUUUUGUAGCAAAUGUUAAAUAUCUCAAGUUACCACGUAUAGAAUGUAGAAUGUCAUGUUGAUAGAUACAGUGGUAUAUAUCAUUUUUAUCUGCAGGCCUUUCAUCACUAUAUACAGUAUUAUAUUAACAGAACAAAUGUUUCUUUCUAGUUGAUAUUUUAUUUCUACUGUGACAGACAUUGUUGCACCUUAUUUACUCUACAAUGUUAAAUUCCCUUUGAAAUGGUUGAAAUCAUUGCUACUUUGACUUAGCAUUUGCAUCAUAAACAUAAUUAUGAUGUUUUUUUCAUGCUCCCCUCUAAGGGCUGUCAGUCACUUGGAGAAAUUGUUGCUAACCAGGCUCUUGACUCUUGUUUCCAUUUAUGGUACAAAGUUCUGUACCAGUGCUUUAUAUUAUUUACCAAAACUUUCCUGAAGCUAGAGCAUGAUAUCUUUUAUAGGAGAUGCUGCAAUAAAAUGUUUAGGCUAUAACAUUUUAGGACACAAUGUUUCAUUACAGCACAAAUAUGAGUGUGUGCAUGUGCACACAUAGCUUUGUAUGUUUGUUCCUUUCUUCCAAAGUCCUUCCAACUCUUAAAAGUACUGUAGUCUGGUAGUGCCUCAAAUGUUGGUAACUUUUUUUUAAUUUACAACUUUUCCAGAAUUUGCUUUUUUGUACUUUAACAUUUCUCAACUAGAUUGUUUCUAGUCGAGCUGUAAUUUAAAUGCAUUGUUCUCAGGGCUGUUUGUGCUAAAAGCUGAAGUUUCAUUAUUUUAAAGCUAACUGCCUAAAAAUACAUUGCAGAAUUUUCCCAAAUGGUGAUAUAGUGAUACAUACAAACAAAAAUUCCUUAUAUCAGCAUACUUAAAGUAUACGCGAAGUAUUUAAGAAAAAAAAAACAAAACUAUAGCAUCUUUACUGGAAUCUUGCCGUAUAUUGUCAAUUCAGGAUAGAAUUUGGUAGUCUGAUUUUGGAACUCUAUCCUUUGGCAUGGACCCCAAAAUAGUUUUAUAGUCAGACCUUAAUGUAGUGGUUCUCAAACAUAUUUAGGGACAACAUACUGAAAGUUCAUAAUGCUCUUUUGGGCACAUUAAAAUGUUUACAUACUGAAUUAUAUAAUAUGAACUAGGAACACAUUUACUGUGGGAAAAUAUGGCUCUUAAGCAGUAUAAGAGCAAAACUAUAGGCAUAUUUCCAUAAAUAGUACAAGCAAUUGAAGUAAGCACGAUCAACAGUUUGACAUUUUCUAAUAUUUAGGUAUACUAUUUCAUAGUUUUCAAACCUUUUUUUCUGCAUUCAAACAGGUGAUAGGCAACAAAGGCCUAACAAAAAUUUACGGUGGAAAAUCUUAAAAUUGAAAGAAAUCAAUCUGUUAACUUUAUUAAAUUUUUUUCUCUGAAUUGAAUAUAUGGCAUCAGUAUUUGAUUUUGGCAGGGAACAUUGGGAUUUAGCUUGUGGAACACAGAUGUUCUGUGGGAACAUAGCAUGAUGUAACUACAUAAUUUAAUGUUUUCCAUAAAUAAACAUCUGAACAUGAGCCUAACUACCAAGUGAGGUCAAGUGCCUGAAAAGUGCUACAUAAAUUUAGUAAGCAUGUUUUCCUUAUAUAAAAGAUGUAUUUUAUAGCAAUAUAUAUCAGGCUUCCACCUGCUAGAAAUAUACUUGUUGGGAAACUUGGCAUCCAACCACACCUGACCCCUUUAGAAUAGGUUAAAAUCUAUUGAGAAAAAGAGGUUCUUUUAUUUAUAUGAAGUCCCUAAAACUAUUUCUUGGUAUUGGUAGACUUAGGUUUAUCUGAGUUUAAGAUUGCACUUUUAAAAAUCUCUGGACACUAACCUUUAUACAGUAAUGACUGUAUACCUUGUCGUAAGUCAUAGUUGUGAUCUUUCUUGAGAGGGAUUCUUUACUGUAGUUAAUAUCUAUUAUAAAUAAGCACUCUUGUGUUUGUUACAAAGUAUGAUAAUGCAAAUCACUAGUUCUAUACUAGUAUAAUGAAAAUGGCUAGUUCUAUACUAUAAAGUACUUUUGAAGUAAAACUUAGCCUUCUCCCCCAAAAAAGGAAAUAGCUGAAAUAGCAUCAUUGAAUGCAGUGGCACUUUAUUAGUAAUACAUUUUAUUUGUAUUAGGUAUAGGGGAACUUUUCUUUUUACUUCAGAGACUCAUGUUUUAGCUAAAACUUUAAAGUUGUAAAUUAUGUAGUAUGGGUAUUAUAAUUGUGCAUUUUACAUUUCAAAAUGGUAAAAUUCAAAUGUUAAGUGUUUGGCUCUACUAAAUAAUUGUUUAAAUCCUUUAAAAUGUAGAUGGUAAACUCAUCAAUUACAACUUU